UAAAGUCUCAUGCACUUAUUGAAGUGUGUGUUUCACAUUUGUAGAGUUCUUUUCUCCCUGUACAUUUACAAGUCAAACAUGUAGGAUGUCAUGGCCCAUGGUGGAAAAUACAUCUGACAAAAGAGGAACCAAUGCGAACACCAGUGACUUUAAAAAGAAAUUACACUUGAGUUAUUGAGGAAAUUAAAAAAAAUAAUAAUAAUAAAGCUUUUUUUAAAGCGUAAAGUUUUUCCAACUUGUUUUUUUAAAUGUAGAAUAACUGUGUGUUUUAUCUUAAUGUGCAGUAUUUGGUUACUUGGAGAAACCGGAAACCGACAGGGCAUUUAUCCACAGGCUGUCUGGAUUUAGGACCUUGAGGACGCCAGAUGUUUCCACACCAGCAGACUACAUUUGCAUUGACUUGUCGAUAGCAGUGCGAUACAAGCUUCAACGCAGAAAAGUUGGGCUGUGUUCGAGGCAGAUCGCGCGCCCUGACGCACCGCUCUGACGCACCGGUGGAACGGCCGCAGCAGCGAUGGGAGCCGCACAGACGCGCACGGAGAACAAGUACCAGGACCUGGCAGAGAAAACUGGAUUUUCGCAGGAGCAGAUUAAAAACCUUCAUAAACGAUUCCAGUACCUGAGUGGAGAUGAGGAGACUAUAAGCAGGGACGACCUGAGGAAGAUACCAGCCCUUGCCAACAAUCCAAUCAGAAAACAAAUUAUCGAAGCCUUCUUCGAUAAGAGGAACCAGCAUCAGGAUGAGGUGGGCUCCUUUCAGGAGAUUGGCUUUGAGCAGUUCCUCAUGGUCAUGUCCCAUUUCCGCCCCCCAACGCUGAAGACGACAGAUGAAGAGAGGGAAGCUAUGAGAAGAGAGAAGCUUCGCUUCCUGUUUAACAUGCAUGACACUGACAGCGAUGGCACCAUCACCCUGGAGGAGUACAGGAAGGUUGUGGAAGAGCUCCUGUCAAAGAGCGGCUCCAUCGGGCAGGAGGCUGCCAAGGCGAUAGCAGAUGCUGCCAUGUUGGAGGUGGCAAGCACAAAUGUACCCCACAUGGGCCCAGAUGACUUUUAUGAAGGAAUCACAUUUGAGCAUUUUGAACAGAUUUUAAAAGGCCUUGAAAUGGAGUCCAGGAUGCACAUUCGCUUUUUGGACGUAGAUGCCCCUACAAUGCAUUGUGGGAAAUCCAAGUCUUGAAGAAUGUUGCAGCAGAAACUGUUCAAUGGUCCUUAAAUGGAAUGAAGACAAACAUUUUUGAUAUUUUUAAUGCACUAAUGUUUUUGGCAGGGUACUAGACAAAGAUAUGUAUAACUUGAUUUUUUUUUUUUUUUUUUUAAUAUGACUUGUAAUUGCUGCUUGAUACAAUUCCAGGGUUGGUUAGAUGGAGAAGGAGGAACGUUUAUUUAUAUACUUCACUUUUAUACCUUUGGCGUCUGACAUAUUUAGUCUAAAACGUAGUAUCACACAUUUCAAAGAUAUAUUUUCAGUCUUCUGGUAGAUUUCUGCUCACUUUUAUCAAACUAAAAGACUACCUCUGUGGUUUCCUCCUUUCUAUGAGUUAUUUUUACACCUAUUUUUUAGUUUAUUUUUUGUUAGGAGUCUUAGAUAUUGACGUCGAGGCCACCCAUGUGGAGUAGUUGCUCUGGUAUUCACGAGUCAUGUGAUGUGGCUAACAUCCAAAACAUGAGCCUGCAGACGCAUGCCAUUCUACUGCAGCUCCACAACAGAUACAGGUUUAAUUUGUCCCCCAGAGACUCUACGUAAACCAACCACUGGAGCUUUACCAAGAAAAAUGCCAAUACUAUUUUUGAACACGAGGCAUACUUUCCCAAAGAUGAAUUAUUGUAAACUUUGCACUUCAAUAAAAUGAACAAAAUAAAUUUAAUAUAAUGAAAAAUGUG